CGAGUCCCGACCCUGCAGCCCAGCCAGUAGAGUCGAGGAUCCGAGGAGACAGGUCCACCCGCUCGGUCCCCGCAGGACGCUUCGCUACGGACUAGCUUUUACUGCUACUUUUAGUGGAAGUCAGACUGCCGAAGGGAGAAAUAGGCUUUUAUGAAUUUGGACUCUCGACUCGGUGCUGCAACUUCGUUUCUGACUGCUUUUGACUGGACUGUACGAUUUCGAAAAGGCUAUAAACACGUUUCGAGGUGAACUAAGGAUUUGAACCCCACGGAUUUGGGUCGUUUUUCCGCUUUAGCCGCUUUAAGAUAAACUGAAUCGCGACUCGCCUGGUUUUGUCCCAGAGAUGGUGGGGCACCUCCACCUACAAGCUAUGGAUGACAGCCUGAAGGGAAAGAACCGGGAGGGACUGCUCGACAGCCCGGACUCGGGACUCCCCCCCAGCCCGAGCCCGCCCUUCUGCUCCCUGUCGCCGGCUCUGGUCCCGGGCUGCUGCUCCGCGCCCGACCGGUCCCACCAGGACCAGGACCUCUACAGCCAGGACCCCUACACCCAGGAGCAUAAGGAGGGGAAACUGCUGCCCUACCUGCUGCUCAACAACCCCGGGCCCGACUCCAGGACCCGCAUGUACCCCGUGUUCUUCGGUGAAAGCAUCGAGGUCAACCCCAAACCCGAGCAGGAGAUCAAGUGCAACUCGGAGGUGAAGUACGACUCGGACCGGCACUACCGCGACCAGGUGUACUGCGCCGCCGUGCCGACGCCCACCAGCUACAGCGAGACCGUGGUGGCCGUGCAGAACUGCACGUGGAGGAACUACAAGUCCCAGGUGUACCUGGAGCCGCGCACCAAGCCCCUGCACUACAGCUCCACCACCAUCGUGUACCCCAAGCACGCCAAGAGCAUCUACCGCACCACGCUGAACUACAACGCCGCCGGCUCACGCCGCUGGUUCGUCUCCACCGUCCAGCUGGAGGCCGGCGAGGACACGAGCCCCUGCAUCAUCUACACGGAGGACCUUUAGAGGCAGAGAGGA